CACAGCGGCGGAAGUCCAAAGCUGCUGUGUAAUUGUACUGUUUAGCUACCGAAGCGGCUCAUUCUUAUUUGCUGGACACAGUUUAAUCAGACUCAAUAUGCCGGAUUAUUUGGGAGAUGACCAAAGGAAGGUAAAGAAAGAGGAAGAGAAGGAAGACGGUCCUAUCCGAGCUUUGGAUGAAGGAGACAUCGCGUUGCUCAAGACCUAUGGUCAAAGCACCUACUCCAGGCAGAUCAAACAAGUGGAGGAUGACAUACAGCAGCUGCUUAAAAAGAUCAAUGAGCUUACAGGAAUUAAAGAGUCAGACACAGGUCUGGCCCCACCAGCACUCUGGGACUUGGCUGCUGACAAACAGACUCUGCAGAGUGAACAGCCGCUGCAGGUGGCAAGAUGCACCAAGAUCAUUAACGCAGACUCGGAGGACCCAAAAUACAUAAUCAAUGUCAAACAGUUUGCCAAGUUUGUGGUGGACCUGAGCGACCAGGUAGCUCCAACUGACAUUGAGGAGGGCAUGAGAGUCGGGGUUGACAGAAACAAGUAUCAGAUCCAUAUUCCUCUGCCACCCAAGAUUGAUCCCACUGUCACUAUGAUGCAGGUGGAGGAGAAACCUGAUGUGACAUACAGUGAUGUUGGUGGAUGUAAGGAGCAGAUCGAGAAGCUGAGGGAAGUGGUCGAGACUCCACUGCUGCACCCUGAGAGGUUUGUCAACCUGGGUAUCGAGCCUCCUAAAGGUGUGCUACUCUUUGGACCCCCUGGCACAGGAAAGACGCUGUGUGCCCGUGCUGUGGCCAACAGGACUGACGCCUGCUUCAUCAGAGUCAUUGGCUCAGAGCUGGUGCAGAAGUAUGUGGGAGAGGGAGCCAGGAUGGUGCGUGAGCUGUUUGAGAUGGCCCGCACUAAGAAGGCCUGUCUGAUCUUCUUUGAUGAAAUUGAUGCCAUUGGAGGUGCUCGUUUUGAUGACGGCGCGGGAGGAGACAAUGAGGUCCAGAGGACGAUGCUGGAGCUCAUCAACCAACUGGACGGUUUUGACCCUCGUGGCAACAUCAAAGUCCUGAUGGCCACCAACAGACCGGACACACUGGACCCAGCCCUGAUGAGACCGGGUCGUUUGGACAGGAAGAUCGAGUUCAGCCUGCCUGACCUGGAGGGUCGCACGCACAUCUUCAAGAUCCAUGCUCGCUCCAUGAGCGUGGAGAGAGACAUUCGCUUUGAGCUGCUGGCUCGCCUUUGUCCCAACAGCACUGGUGCUGAGAUCCGCAGUGUGUGCACAGAGGCAGGCAUGUUCGCCAUCAGAGCGCGCAGGAAGAUCGCAACAGAGAAAGACUUCCUGGAAGCUGUCAACAAGGUCAUCAAGUCCUACGCCAAGUUCAGCGCCACCCCCAGAUACAUGACCUACAACUGAGCGUGAAGGCACAUGUGUGUGUUUGUGUAUAUGAGAGUGCGUGUCCACUCGUACUUUUUACCAUCAAAGAAAAACAAAUGUCAACAUCUUUUGUUCUCUUACAAUUAAAGUUUAUUUCACAUGUAAA